UAAGUGGAGUGUUUGGCUUUGUUCAGCCACAUACAACUACAGGAAGGACACAGACAAUAAGCAGCGGUUUCUUUUGGUGGCAGAGACGUGAAAUUUUAUAAUUCAACCGGAUUUUUCUCUUGGAAUAUGAUUUAUCAUCCUGAAACACCAAAGGCUGUGAUCUCUCUGCUCAAACUAAACAUGUUUACAUUGGACUCCCUGGUGGUUCAGUUCUGUUACUCUGCUCCUGCUCUGACCUGCACACCAAACCUCACACAUUCACCUGGAUGUCCUACAGAACAGGAGGUCUGACUGACAUGUUAAAUGAUGAACACUACCGUGGCAGACUUCAGCUGUUUAAUAACACUUCUCCUGGUAAUCUGUCUCUGCUCAUAUCUGACCUGAGAGAAGAGGAUGGGACAGACUACAGGUGCAUCACUGAGAAGGGAUACAUAGACAUGAGGAUUUAUGUUAAAGGCUGUGAUCUCUCUGGUGAUAAACAUCAGGUAGUUAUCAAUGGACACCCUGGUGGUUCAGUUCUGUUACCCUGCUCCUGCUCUGACCUGCACACCAAUCCUCAGAUAUUCACCUGGACGACUAAAAGAACAGGACACUGGACUGACGUGUUAAAAGAUGAGCUCUAUCGUGACAGACUUCAGCUGUUUAAUCACAUUUCUCCUGGUAAUCUGUCUCUGCUCAUAUCUGACCUGAGAGAAGAGGAUCAGAGAGUCUACAGGUGCAGCACUGGAUUAGAGGAAUACAGAGACAUCAGGAUAAAUGUUAAAGGAGGAAGAAGAGAAACUUCAACACGCUCAGGGAAAACAGACAGAAGACCUCCAUCAGAACAUCCUCUAAGUAAAACAACAAACUCUCCACCUGCAUCAUCCUCAACAACACAGGAACAAGAUAAACAACCACCACACAGCAGCCUCCCUCUGGUUUUCGGCAUUGUGGCUGCUUUGCUGUUGGUGAUAGUUGGUGUAAUGGCAUUUAUUUGUUGGAGACGCAAAGGACGAAGAUGUGGAAAGAACAUGAUUACUGAAGGACGUCCAAAGGAGAAUCAUCAGACUGUCCCUGAUGUUACUUACUCUACUGUAAGCCACAUUCACACAGCCGGAGCAGCUCGGGUCCAGAUCGACGUCGAAGAGAAAACCGAAUACGCCAGCAUUGUAACAAAUUAAUCCUCAUUAAAUAUAUAGAGCCCUGCGAUGGGUUGGCACUCCGUCCAGGGUGUAUCCAGCCUUGAUGCCCGAUGACGCCUGAGAUAGGCACAGGCUCCCCGUGACCCGAGGUAGUUCGGAUAAGCGGUAGAAGAUGAAUGAAUGAAUGAAUGAAUAAAUAUAUAGAAUAAUGCUGAAAUAAUCUACAUAAUCUUAAAAAUCAUAUUUUAAGUGUAUGUGUCAUUUUAUAUAUUGUGUAGCAUUCUUUUUUAAAAAAUGAAAUGAAAAAAGCUUGUUUUGUGAUGUGGUUGUGGCUGUUUGUGUCUGUCGUGUGAAAUUCACCAGGACUGAAUGUGUAUUUUGAAAAUAGUUUUUGCAAAACACACUUAAUGUUCAUUAAAGCAUUUGUGACAGUGUG